ACCCACACACGAGUGCAGUAUAGCUCCGGUUUACUGCUCUGUCUCCCUCACUGUCUGCCUCACCUUGUCAGAGAACACAUCGCUGCCUGGAUUACAGCAGGGCUUUUUUGUAACCAAAGGGAUACAGCGCAGAGACAACGCGGAUAAGAAGAGAGCUCAGACGAACCCUCCCAGCGCACACAGGGUCACCAUGGGGAGCAGCAUGUCGUGCGUUCCUCACCACAACUUCAGGUUCUCCAGCAAGAGCUUCAUCCGACGGAACAGCAACCGCUUGUUCCGUAAGAAGAACCCACAGGAGGGCCAGGUGAAGUCCAACAGCAUCAUAAACAUCCUCUGCACCGUCACGCCCAGGAAGGAAAUGUCACAGAAGGAUCUCAAAACGAUAGAGAACAUAAAAUGGAACCCGCCGUUUGCCUACGACCCCUCUGGCGGCUGGAAGAAGAGCAGCGUCAACGUGAAGAACUACGGCAGGAUGAUCCACAGCUCCAAAGUGCGCUUCCGCUUCCUGCACUGCCAGGACAUACACGACUGCUUCUUGGACCUCUUCCAGACACACCUUCAUUUCGUCUCCAACAACCCAGCUGGGCUGACCUACCAGGGCACGCUUCCACUGAAGGAACUGACAAUUUGCAAACUCCCCAACGGCGGCGGCACCGGGGAGCCCAACGACUUUGCAUUCCAAGUUAACGGCGUCAGCUUGAACCCCAUCAUCGUGUACUGCGCAGACCAGGAGGAGCUGGACGCCUGGUUCGGCCUCCUGAAGGAGCACGUCGAAGCCAACGGCGGCGUCGUUGCCUCGGAUGAAAUGAACGCGUACACUAGGCUCAAGUACACAGAUGACAGCAGCAAGGGUGGAGAGGAGCUGAGGAAUUCGGUGAUGAACGAGCCCAUUUAUGAAUGGGAGGGGUCCCAGAGGGACUCCCUGGGGCCCGUCACCUACGUCAGCAAAGUCAGGCUGCAGCACCUGCCGUGCAAGGAACAGUACAGCAGGCUACUGGUGAUGUACCCAUCCACACUCAUCAUCCUUUCUGAGGAGAGCGAUGGGCUCUUCUACAAGGGGAAGCUUCCUCUAGACACCGUCAGUGUGACCCUGCCUUGCCACAAUGUGAAACCCAACACGUUCGUGAUUGAAGGGAAAAUGAUACACCCCAUCAUGGUGACCUGCCUGGAAGAGACCGACUUCCAUGAGUGGAUUCGCCAUUUCCAGGACACACCAGCGGCAGUGCACAUCCCCCCUCCUCCGGUCUAUGACAUCAUCUACACACCGACACAGACAGAGGCUCCGGCGCUUGACAGAUGGAGUGGACAGAGCGGCCAGGAGCUGAGCAACUCCCUGAAUACGAGGGCGUCCAACGGGCUCCCGUUCCUCAACCAUGUGGACGAUCUGCUGUCUCCCGGUUACACCGAGCCGCUCUGCUACAUCUCCAGCCGGCCAACCUCGGGGGAGACGGAACUGUCUGCGCACGCGAGCAGCCGGAGCAGCAGCGUGUCCUCCCGCCUGCGGCCCGUCCCCGAGCUCCGCCCCCCCUCCUCGCUGUGCUACUCCUCCCCCCAGCACAGCUUGGACCGGCCGGACAAUGUACCGCCAUCGCCUGUCUACAACAUGCCCUACACCUCCAUGCAUCAGGGCGCCCCUGUUCGGCAGGUGGAGAAGGCCCCCUUGGUCAAGUCAAACAGCUGGAGCACUACCCAAACCAGUUACCAGCACUCGGCCCCCCAGAGGCACUCGGUCAUGUGCGGCCCCCGGAAGCCGCUGUCCCCCCUCUACGAUGACCCCUGCACCCCCGGCGGGUACCUCUUUGAGGACAACUAUGCGAGGCCACCGCAGGUGUCGAGACAGUUCUGGGAGAGGUCGGCACUCCAUCAGGGCCCCCAGAUUGUGCCCCCACCCUUCCGGCUGCAAAGCCCUCCCUUGGGCAAGAAGUACAGGAACACCCAGCCCCUGAAACAGGAAGCGCAAAACGCUCACAGGGGUGUCGAUCCGAGGACUGAAGACUUCUCCAAACUGAAGCUGCUGUCCACCCCCACGGCCGUGCCCAAACACAGCAUCACCGCACAGGCGACCUUCCCCGCACAAUGCCAGCGGAUGUCCACGGAUUAUUCGCAAGACAAAUUUACUGACCUGGAACACAAGGAAUCGGCCAUUCUGGAGGAAGACUAUGACAACGUCUGGGACUUCAACUGCAAUUCUGGGAUGUUUGCAGGAUCUGGGAUUUUAGCACACCAAACGCAGGCAAACCAGGGCAGGAGUGAUGUCACUCACAUGAUGUCACGACAGAGAUGGUCGUAAGAAGACAACUGUGCAGGGGGCUUUUGUGCCAGUUUCACAUUUCAUAUAUAACUGCCAGUUUAGAACAUUGGACUCGAGAGGCAAUGCAAGUAAGGAAAAAAGAAAGAAAAAAAAGUGGGGGGGGGAAUUGUUUUACAAAAGGAAUAAAUCUGGAUUAUAAUUCGUCUGAUGUAAAAUAUCUUGCAGGAAGUCGCACAAGGAGUGUCUCCACAUUGCUAUGGGCUGCGUGCCGCAUGGUGGUUCACUCCCAGAUGAGUCAAGUGGCCAAACCAAAUUUUUUUUGUAACUUUGACCCCAUCCUUCCCGAGCACACAGUGACUGCAUUCCAAAGCACUUCCUCGUGUCCUCUAUCGCCACACGAAGAGCAAUAAAAAUGUCAACUUUGAUUUCAAGACUAAAGGGUACCCCUCAUAACAAAAUGUUACAAUGUGCCAGUAGUCAAAAAGCAACUGGUCGAAAGAAGUACUUGUCUAGAUUUAGGCACAAUAUUUCAGGCAAAUACAUUAAAAUGCCUCCUUCAGUACUGCACUCCACGCUCUCCAGGACCUGAAUUUGGAACUUAAAGACAACUUGAAGAUAACAGAUCUAUCGCAUAAAGUGUGGUGUUACAUUACAUUGUGCAAUAUGUAAAUAGUUUAUUUUAGAGUGCUUUUAGUUUUUAAAUGUCUUAUUUUUUCCUGUUUAGUUUUUAGUCAUCAAAACUGUGGUUACAUUGAUUCACUUUUUUAUUUAUUGAGAAUCAGACAGAGAAAAACAACGUAGCAUGAAAUUAUCUUGCCUGUGUAUUUUAGUGAUCUUUUGAUUGUGGUUAUACUGCUAUAUUUAUGAGGCUUUUUCAUGUUUUCUUCUGUAGAACUCAAUGCUUUCAGAAGUAUAAUUUAAGUUAUUUAAAGAGAAAUCGUCUUGAGAGACUGCUGAACAUAUGUGUUGCUCCUCUGUUUGUGUCUGUAUUUAAUCUGAAAAUAAACAGAAUUACACUGCA